UUUAAUACUAGUUUAAAAUGGCAACAGUGACAAGAAAAAUUAGUAGACAAGAUUUUUUAUACAAUGAGUUGCCAGAAAGUUAUAAAUCUUAUCCUAAGUCUCGCUUGCCCAUACCAGUUAAAAAAAAGCUGAUACGACAAGAUCAUUUUACUUAUAGAUGUAAAAUGUGUGGUGUAAAUCAUUUUGAUCCAACAAAUGCAAAACGUGUUUGUGAUGUUGGCUUAGGAUAUUAUAAUUCUUCAGAGUUUAGAGACUCUGUACCAGUAAAAAGGCAAAGUAAAGUAAAUCGGUUAUGUUAUGCAAAUCCCGUUAGGUAUUUGGAGUCGUCAAAAGUUCACUUUAAGUCGGUUUGUGAAAAUUUGCAUGCUAUGUCAUCUGAAAGUUUUGAAAUGGAUUAUGAUUCAUAUGAGUAUAAAAGUGAAGAUGCUAUUGAUGAUGCACCUAUCGAUGGUGGUGAUGCACCUAUCGAUGUACUGAGUCAUGAAAAUAUAAUGCAAAAACUAAAUGAUGCUUUUGAAGAUCAAAAUCUUGAGAAAAAAAUUACUCAUUUGGAAAGUUCUUAUUUUGAAAAACACUGCAAGUGUGAUAGCUUAUAUUUAAAUAAAUAUGAAAAAGAACCUAGUGAUAUCACUCAUGAAAAUGAAGUUGAAGAUUUUGAGAAAAACUCUGUUUAUUUACAUAGCAAUUUUAAAAAACAUUUACAAAGCACAAGACAACUUUCUAAAAAUUUAAUUUUACCUCUGCAGAUUGAACACGAUGUUGCAAAAAAACUUUAUAAUACAAGCAAGAGUCAAGGAGCUACUCCUGUUGAAAAUUUAAAAAGGUCAUUGUCUCAAAUUGAACUUAAGCAAAAAAGCAGACUUCCUAGAUGGGGCUCAUCAACUAUUAAAAAGUUUGCCAGUUUGCCAACACCAUCUAGUGAAAUAAACAAUAACAAGUUUUCUUCAUCGUGUUCUACUACGCCAUUACAAUCUCCUUGUAUGGAACAGUCAAAACGUGGAAUGAGAUUAUUCAGUGUUUUAUAUUCUCCAAAAAAAAGUUCUAAAUCAUUGUCUUCCCCAAAAAAUUCUCAUAAAGAUGAGUGGAAGGCCUCUCAGAAAUAUCUUUUUGAGUGUGAUGGGUACUUUCUGCACAAGUUUCUACAACUAUUUCAAACAUACAGAUUUGUAUUUGCUCAAGUUCAUAGUUAUGUUAGUAUUUAUAUAAUUGUUUGCUACACCUAUGUUGGUAUUAAUGCUUACCCGGGUUUGCCUUUUAGCCAAAAUUUCAAUUACAGUGUUUGCAUAGAAGUCUAUUUACGGAUUUAAAAUUUGAAAAGUUAUCCAACUGGUUAUCUAUGAAAGAUUUUUAAUUGUCAUAUAGUCGAUAUGGCAAAUAUUUCUUUAUAAUGCUCAAUUUUGAAAAUUGCUAUUAUUAAAACAU